GCAACUGUUCAACAAUGAAAAAUGACAUUCUGUGCAAAUCGUCCUUCAUUCGGAGAAUCAAUUUGUAGAAUUUGCAGUGCUGAAUUUGUGCAGAAAAAAAAAAUUAAAUUGCAAUAAUUAUAACGAAACGGGAAAACGUUAUAUUAUAUACGAUCAAGGCAUUCUUCUCCAAUCAAACAAAAACACAAUUAAAAUACAUAAUAUUAGAUAAAACGCAAAAAAAAACAAUAGAAAGAACAAAGUGGAAUAAACCCAAACUGUGACGUGUAUACAAUAACAACAAAGCCAAAGAAGAACAAAUAAACCAAAAAAGGAAGAAAAACUACAAAAUUACAAAAGAAAUUUUGAUUGGUUUUUAUAUUAUUCCUUGCAAGCAAAGAAGAGCAGAACAGCAAAAUGGGUGAUUCCGAAAGACAAAGUCUAUUGAAGAACGAGGAAAACACUUCGAUGUACACCUCUGCAGCGGGUGCCGGUCCCCAAACCCAGGCUAGCGGCGAUGCGGGUGUAGCACCUUCCCAGCAACAACCGCAGCAGACAGAUGGAGUUCCACAGUCGAAUGUGCCUUUCAUUGGCCCCGAUGAAGUGCCACCACCAUACCAACAGGGUACCGCUGGUGGUGUACCUAUGGUCACCUGUCGUGUUUGCCAAAGUAUGAUUGAUAUAACAUCAAAACGUGAUCAACAUGUUGUCAAGUGUCUUCAGUGUAACGAAGCUACACCAAUACGUAAUGCACCACCUGGUAAAAAAUAUGUACGUUGCCCAUGUAAUUGUUUGCUUAUUUGCAAGAGUUCAUCUCAACGCAUUGCAUGUCCACGUCCCAAUUGUAAGCGCAUAAUCAAUUUGGCACCCAGUCCAGUAACACCACCCGUACCCACAAUGCCGGGUAUGUGUCGUGUAACUUGUGGACAUUGCUCUGAUACAUUUUUGUUUAACACAUUUCACAAUUCGUUGGCCCGCUGUCCACACUGCAGAAAAGUGUCAUCGGUGGGCUCACGUUUCGCCUUUGGUCGUGGCAUUAUUUUCAUUAUUAUAGGUUUAAUUGUUUUGAUUACUGCUAUUGGUAUUACCGUUGGUACCCACAGAUAUGCUCAAGAUCAUGCGGGCAUUUAUGUAGCAUAUAUUGGAAUAUUUUUAAUUGGCGCCUUCUUAUGCGGCCGCUCGCUUUAUUACUUCCGCUUGAAAGUAAGCCAUGUCGAUGGACCUAUGUAAGAACGUAUUCAACCAGCUUUUUGUAGCAGCAUUCCUUUUGAUAUUAUAUUGAAAAGUAAAAAAAAAAAAAACAACCAAAACACAUAAAAUUUACAUGUUUUCUACACUUAAAAUAUGAGAAAAAACAGCAACAACAUCAGCAACCACAAAUGCAAUUGUGUAAUUACAAAAGAACAAACAAAAUGUUAUGUAAAACAGAAGAAGAAUAUACAGUACGGAAUACAUACAAAGAAAGAUCCGCGCAUAAACAUCAUACACCCCAUAUUCUUAUAUACAUUAAAAAUUUAAUUUAAUUGAAGCAAAUAAACAAAAAAAAGUAUUUAAUAUACUCUGUUAUAAAAAUAGAAGUCGAAGCAACUAAUUAAUGAGUAGCAACAGCUGCAGCAUUAUUGAAUACAACAUCUAGAUGAUGCUGGUGAUAGUAGCAUAAAUAAAUAAAAUGGUAUGACACAAUAAAAGCAGUGAUCAUCUAUCAUUCUCGAUUAAAACAAAAAUGCCAUAUGUGUGUAUUAUGUACGUUAUCUUGCAAAACAAAAAAAAAAAGUGAGGAAUCUCUAACUCUAUCCCUUCCUUUCUUCCUUAAAACAAAACAUCAGCCACUCUUUAACACACAUAAAUACACAGACAAUUAAAAAAAUUAGUAUAUUUCCAAUUUUCAAUAAAAAAAUCUAAAUUGAAAUUACCCUGGUUAUUUUCUAUUUUACAUUGUAAUGGAACAAUAUUCAAAUACCAAUUCAUAAAAGUGACCAUGUUCAUUUCGGCCUAUUUAAUUCAAGUAUACACUUUCUAUAUUCUUUCAGCUUUUAAGCGACUAGCAAUUACAUUAAAGUUUCGCGUAUAGUUUCAAUCUUGCUUGCAAUACUUGUUCAAAACAUCUUCAUUUAGACAUGUUUUUCCUCCCUAAUUCCGUUUGGCUUUUAUUUAUUUAAGUUCUUCUUCCCCAAAAAACAAACCUCAAUUUUGGCGUCCAAUCGUUUAUUUAAAAGUUUUUUUGUUUGUUACAUUUAAAAAUAAAAUCAAAAUUUAUAGAAAUAAAUACAAUCAUCUCCCUCCCCCCGUUCUCUCGUAAAGGUUUAUUUUAGCAUUUUAUAUAUACACCUAAAAAAUACAUUUAUCAAUAUUUAUAAAUACAUUAUUAUAUCUUUGUACUUUCUUUUUAUAUGCGCAUAUAUUAAAACGUUAUAUUUUUCUUUGGCUCUCAACAGUUGAAGAAGGAAGCAUCAAACAUGUAAUUUAUCUCAAUUUACGAUUUUAUUUUUCUUUUCUUUCUUUUUUUUUUUUUUGCUAUAAACAAAACAAACAGAAAAAUAAUUUCGAUAACAACAUUUAAUAUUAAACGAAAAUUAUAAUUAUAUAUAAAUUGAUUCUUAUAAUUACGAUACCAUUUAUUGUAAAUAAAACGUAAAAUAAAUAAGUUUAAACCCUCUA